AUGGCGUCGACAUGGAUGACACGUUGCCUGCAGGCGCUCCUGCUGCUGUUGGCGCUUCUGCUCGUCCCCCGCGGCGGCGAUGGCGCCGCGGUGUUCUCCGGGUACACGUUCAAGGGGCCGGGCGAGGCCGAGGCCUUCGAGGAAGCGCUGCUGCGCCAGGCGUGCUUCAACGUCUCCUCUUCUUCCUCCGGAGCCGGGCGCGGCAAGGGUGACUGCGUCUCGCGCAUCGACACGGCGCGCGGCGGGCCCAGCAGCGGGCCCGUGCCCGUCCUCCGCGCCGCGCUCCGCGACACGCUCGGCGAGGCCGUCAGCGCCGUCGGGGCCGUCGGGGCCGUCGCCGGCCUGGCGUCCCUGUCCAACCACGCGCGCGAGGAGAUGGCCGUCCGCGACUGCAUCGAGCUGCUGGGGUACUCCGUUGACGAGCUCGGGUGGUCGCUCGACGCCAUGGCCGAGCCCCUCGACGGCGCGGAGGUGGAGAUGGAGAACCAGCACGGCGCUGCGUCUGGGAGCGUCAGCAGUGGCGCGCGUGCCGAGGACGACCUGCACGCCUGGCUCAGCGCCGCACUGGGCAACCAGGACACGUGCACGGAGGGCUUCCGCGGCACCGACGGCCGCCUGCUGCGUCGCGUCGAGGCGUCCGUGGCACAGCUGACGCAGCUGGUGAGCAACCUGCUCGCCAUGCACAAGCGGCUGCGCAGCAUCAUGCCGCUGCGCCAGCGCGGCAAGAACGACACGGCGGCGUCCGGCGCCGGUUCGGAGCUGCCGCCGUGGGUGAUGGACGUCGCCGGCGGCGUCGAAGGGGAGCUCGCGCGCGCCCGGGGCCGGUCCGGAGGGAAGAAGGCAAUGCGCGUGGACGUGGUGGUGGCUCGGGACGGGAGCGGCAGGUACCGGUCUGUCGGCGAGGCGGUGGCGCGCGCGCCCAACCACAGCCGGAGGAAGUACGUCAUCUACGUGAAGCGAGGGGUGUACUACGAGAACGUGGACGUGAAGAAGAAGAAGACCAACAUCGUGCUCGUCGGCGAGGGCAUGGGCGAGACGGUGAUCACCGGCAGCCGGAGCUUCUCGAGCGGCUGGACCACGUUCCGGAGCGCCAGCGUUGGUAAAUACAAAGUGCAAAUUCUGUCUCGUUAA